GCUUCACCGUCCCAACCUCUGCAAAUGAUCCGCGCCAUCGACGCUCAGUGCCACAAAACGGUGUCUCUUUCAGCCCGCAACAUCUCGGCCGGGCGCAGAAAAGACAUGUCCGGUCUGGAGAUGUCCUUCAUGGAAUAUUUCUGAUCGCGUCACCCUGAGCCGGCGCACCUCCGUCGCGACGAAGAAGAAGAGAGGGAAAGUUGGGGGCUUUUUUUUUCUCGCUUGGAAAUCGCGGUCUGCGCUUUUCAGCGCUGCUCUGUUCCGAGUUCUGGGCGCUAAACUUUUUAGUUAGCGCUGGGGAUCGCCCCCCUCCGUUUCACGACCCUUCCCCCAGUCAGUCGCCAAAACUCCAUUGCCCACUACGACGGCCACAUCCGCCCUCGUCCCGAGUCGCACGACCAAAAACCCUACCCGUCCGAUCUCCGAUCUCCUCCACGCCGACCGGAGGGUUCCACCCGCGCGGACCGCCAUGUCCGACGAGGACUUCUCGGCCGCCGGCGGAGGCACCGGCAGGGUGUCGGGCCCGGGCAAGCAUCGCGGGCCUCGAUUCACUUGGAAUCCCCAGUACGAGGCCACCUUCUUCCGCUCUCUCUGCGAGUCCGUCUCGCUCGGCCUGCGCGAUGGUAGCACCUUCAAGCCCGAAGCCUGGGAGCACGCCAUGGCCGCCCUCAUCGAGAAGCACAACGCAUACGCGAACAAGAGCCAUCUGAUCAACAAGACCGACAAUGCCCGCAAGAAGUAUCGCCUCUGGCGCGGCUUGCGCGAGGACCCUGAAUUCUACUACAACGCCCAGACCCGCACCGUGACGGCUACCGACGACGCAUGGUCGCGCCAUCUCCAGAAAGAGCCACUCGCACGCUCCCUCCGCGCCCGGCCCUUCGAACACGAAGAAUACUACGAGAUACUCUUCCCCGACGUCAUCGGCUCCGGCGGCGCCCCGAAACGACUGACGAAACCGCGCCGGAAGGGGACAGACACGGUCAACGGGACGGAAGAGGCCGAGGCGCCGGGGACCGCCAUCAUGGACCUGCUCACAGAUACGGCCUAUAUCAACCCGAGCCAGACACAUAUUCCGCCGCCGAUGCAACCCGCAAUGCCAGCCCCGAUGGCCGUCCACCCCCCACCUCAACAACAACAUAGGGCGAAUACAAUGCCGCCGCCACCGCCCCCGCCGCGGUCCUCCGUCUCCUCCGCCUCGGCAUUGACCCCGCCCGAGGAGACAGCUCUCCAGUCUCGCAAGCGCUUGCAAGCGCCAGAUAGCAAUUCCUCCUCGGCAGGCCACCCCCCCGACAAGCGCCGCCGUACCGCUGCUCCGGGCUACCUCGACUUGACCCAGCAGCAGCAACAACAGCAACAACAACAGCAGCAGCAGCAACAGCAGCAGCAACAACAACAGCAACAGCAACAACAACAGCAACAGCAACAGCAACAGCAACAGCAACAGCAACAGCAACAGCAACAGCAACAACCUCAACAAAACACCACCACGACCCCCACGACUCUCCCACAAACAUCACCCAACCCCACCGCCCUCCCAUCAACCACCAACACGGCCGGAGCCAGCACAAGCGGAGGCGGCCCAACAACGCUCGCCGACACGCUCCACCUCCUGUCAGAAGCCCUGCGCAGCAGUAACGGCGGCAUGGCACGGGGCGGCGGCAAGCCGACCCCGGGUUGGCAGGAGCAGGCGAUGGACAUGUUCUUCCGGGACUUUGUGGCCGAGGACAUGGACCUGCAGCUCAAGAUCGCCGAGAAGGUGCUCACGGACGAGAACAAGGCCAUGGUCUUUUGCAAGAUGCCUGAUGUGCUGCGCCGUCACUGGGUUAAGAGGCUGAGGGAGGUGCAUAAUAGGAUUGCGUAGCUUCUUGGGAGGCUGGGUGGGCGCGGGUGGUGGCUGGUGGUUGGUUAGGGGUUUGAAGGGGAGGGGGUGUGAGAAGGG